CAUGUGUUUCAGUUUUACUUGUGAGUGAAUGAGUGCUGCGCUGUUCUAACUGCCCGUCCUCGCUAUGGCCUCUCUCAGUGAUCAGCUGGAGGAGGUGAGGGCGAAUGCGGAGGAGAGUUUAUUUUCUCCAGUAUGUGCCCAGGAGAUGAGGGCAGUGGUGACUGCCAUGGCCAACAUCCCCCUUCCUCCAUCCAGUAAAUAUCGGUACAUAGCAGCUGAAAACAUGCUUAAGGAGAACAGUAGUGGAAACACCAGGAAGGAGACACUUGGCUCCCUGCAGAAACUCUCCACAGCUCUUAACAUCCUGGAGAAGUAUGGCUCUAAUCUUACCAACCCCAACAGGCCAAAGUAUUGGCGUACAGUGAAGUACAACAACCCUGUCUUCAGGACCACAGUAGAUUCUAUUCAGGGAGGCAGAGCAGUACUCAACCUUUAUGGGUAUACCAAUCAGCAGCAUGACGGCUUGAGCUUUCCUGAUGAUGCUCUUGAGCCAGAUGUUGAGAAGGUCGCAUCGGUGACUCUUGAGGUCAUGAGCCUACGUAUGGAGCUGGACAUUUUCAUCAAGGGUGCCCAUUCUCAUCCAGAAUUCUUUGAAAGACUUAUUCCCUCCCUCACUUUGCAGGAUGAUGAGGAACUCAGUCCAGAUGCAGUUGCCUUCUCUUCUAAUGAGAAAUCAUGGGAGAAAAAGACUCCCUCGCCUUUGUCAGCUCCUUCUCAACCAAAACCUCCAUACAGCCCAGUGCUCCCUCCCUCUUCUCUAGUGCCCUCUAAAAAGACAGACAACUGCACCAUAUGUGGAAUUAAUUCGGUCUCCGCUUACUGUCCCACCUGUACUCAGCGGCUGUGCACAGAAUGUGACCGGCUAUAUCAUUCCCAUUCAGGACGAUCCACACAUAUCAGGAUCCCUGUGACUUCCUCCAAACCCACAAAACGGCUUAGCUCAUCUCUGUCUACAUGGCAGUGUUCAUACUGCACCACAGUAAAUACAAUGCAGCAGGUUUUGUGUGAAACCUGUGAUCGACCCCGCCUGUCGUCGGCUGCCCCUUCUGUACAGCAGGAGCCAUCACAGCCCUCUACAAUAUCUGAGUGGCAGUGUAAAAGCUGCACAGUGGUGAAUGCAGGCAGCAGCAUUCUGUGUGUGGUGUGUGAGCGCCCUCGUCUGGCCACCCGACCUCCUGUUGCACCCUUACGCCCAACUCCCUCUGCUACAGGACUAAUGGACAGCCAGUGGGUUUGCCAGUUCUGUACCUAUGUCAACCGCACACCAUCACCCGUCUGUGAAGUGUGUUGUCUUUCAAGAUCAGAACCUGCCCCAUCACUCUCUAAAGUCCUCCCAAUCUCACCAGUCAAGGAUGACACACCUCUUUCAACCACACCGAAAGUCACGCCCACUGAGGAUCCUGAUAUGAAAAGACAGAGAUUAAUGAGGGAGGAUGGGCUUAAACUGAUUCAGCUUAUUCGUGAGGGAGAGAAGAAAGGGGUGAGCCCAGAGGAGGUAUACACAAGCAUGUGUGUAUCAGGGAACAGCAAUGUGACGCCGUAUGAUUGGCUGAAGGCAGAGCUUCCUCAUGUGCUUGAUGAGAUCUGUGUGAUGGCUGCAUCCUGUCAGCAAGAACUCAACACACAGUCCAGUCUGUCAAAUGUUUCCGGGGAGAACGAGGGCCAGGAUGGAGAGAAGAACAACACUGUGCCCCUUUCUAGAGCCGAAGCCAAACGGGCCUGGCUGGCAGCAGGGGGCAGUAAUGAGAAGGCUGUCAAACAGGCUCUCAGGGACCGCAGAGCUAAAGUGAAAGAGCUGGGUGCAAUGGGCUUUAAUGAUGUAGCCCUCUGUGAAGAAGCCCUGAGGCAGAGCGGAGGAGAGGUGAGGGGGGCUCUCGUCCUGCUGCAGCGCCCUUCACUGGAGCCCUUCCAUCAGCGCAUGUGGAGUGACGAACCAGAGCCCCCUAUCGACAUCAACCAUACUGAUAAACAGCGUGUUUGCCGUAGGUUACUGGCAGUGUAUGGUUUGCCCAGUUGGGGGCGCUGUGAGCUGGCGCUGUCUUUGCUGCAGGACCCAGCAGCACCAUACACACUGGAGGAUGUGGUACAGGCCGUGCGUGAGUCACAUGAUCGAGACUUCAUUCGCCGCGUUCUGAACAAAGAAUGCCCGAUCUGCCUGUCCGUCUUUCCACACAGUAAGAUGCAGUCUCUAACAUCGUGCCAGUGCUCUGUGUGCUGUGGCUGUUUCAAGCAACAUUUCACCAUAGCAGUAAGGGAUAAGCACAUCAGAGACAUGGUGUGUCCUGUCUGCACUGAGCCUGACAUCAACGACCCGGAGCACCUCAACAGCUACUUCUCCACUCUGGAUAUACAGCUCAGGGACUGUCUGGAACUGGACGUGUACGAGCUCUUCCACAAGAAACUGACUGAGCAGGCUCUUAUCAAGGACCCAAAGUUCCUGUGGUGCAGCCAUUGCUCGUACGGUUUCAUCUACGAUGAUGAUCAGCUCAAGGUCACCUGUACGCAGUGCAGGAAAAGCUUCUGCGCACAGUGCAAAAAGCCGUGGGAGCCCCAGCACAUGGGUCUCUCGUGUGAGCAAUUCCAGCAGUGGAAAAGAGAGAAUGACCCGGAGUAUCAGCGGCAGGGCUUGGCCGGAUACCUGCGUGACAACGGGAUCACUUGUCCUAACUGUAGGUUCCAGUAUGCACUUGCCAGGGGCGGCUGUAUGCACUUCAAUUGUUCACAGUGCAGGUAUCAGUUCUGCAGUGGAUGUAACAACCCCUUUCACACAACGUGUGCAGUGAACCAGUGUACAGUGACAGGUCUCCAUGCCCAUCACCCCAGAGACUGCCUCUUCUACCUCCGAGACUGGGAGCCUGCCAGGCUUCAGGCCUUACUACAGAAAAAGGGGGUGAACUACAAUACUGAUACUGCUCCUGGAGCACAAAUGGGUGUGUGCGGAGUGAUUGAGCAGAAAGACGAAGGGCCUUGUCCAACGGACUCUGCGUGUGGGGCUCAGACUCAGCCGGGCCAGGCAGGACUUUGUGAGAAGCAUUAUCGAGAAUAUCUUGUUAGCCUCAUUAAUGGCUAUUCGAUUGAUCCCGCCCCCCUCUUCAGUCCCGAAGAGCUGCUCGUGGCCUGCAGGAGAUACAAUGUGGAAGUCAUGCAGGGGGAGGGAGAAGAUGACAGAACAUACUACGCAAGACUUCUUAAGAAACUCAUGGAUGACGUACAUCUGGGUGACAAGGUCCCUCGCAAGAAGUGAAGACAUCUUUUCCUCCCUCAUUUAAUAUGUGCUGACUAUUUAAACUGGGUGUGUGCUUGUAGCUCUGCUUGAUUGCAUGAGCUGAGAGGCAGACAAAAUGUCAAACUCAGUCCUUCCCUAUUCUCAAUGUGAUGUAGUUGUACACAUUUGCACACUGUUGUUUUUUUAAUCAUUUUGUUCCCUAAGGUUUUUUGAUCACAAUAUUAUGCUUUUAAUAUUGCUAUGAUUUUAAUAAUUCUCAAAUUGCCAUAUACUGUCACUUCAUGAUUUGUAUAAUAUGAUUUGUAUAAUUAUAAUCUCUAUUGAGCAGGCAGAAAAAUCACAUAACCGUAUUUUAAAUGGUUUUAAGAGUAAAUCGUUUGGUCCCUCAUGGAGUAGAGUUCAUUAUCAGAAUCUAUUAACAGCUGAACUGAGUUCAACUGAACCAGACACUAUAUAUUUAGAACGAUAGGUGUUAAAUGAUACAAAGUGAUACAAUUGCAUGCUCUUUUAAAUCUGGGUUUUAUGUACAUAUAUAUGGAUUGAUUAAAGUUUGCAUCUAAGUGUCAUAAAUGUGUCACUGAAAAUCGGAAAGACACAUUUUAUUAUGAUUUUCAGUUAUGGGAAGAUUGUCUUUAAAAUCAGAGCCCUUAAAAGCACAUUUUGUCUCAACUCUGUAUAUGUGUUAAGCCGUUUACAUUGGGGGGUGUAGUCAGUGAAACCAUUGAUCAGGUGCUAUUUUUGGUCUUCGGAUAUUUGUGCAGCCAGAUAUUUCUGAAUUCAUAAAUUUCAUUUUUGUCUCAUGAUAACUGAAGUGCAAGAAGAGCCUUUUUAAUAGAAAUUAUGGGUACAAACAAUGAGAGAUAGUCAGUGAUAUUUCUAGAGGCCAUUGUUCUUAGCCAUGAGAAAUACAUGUAGGCCCACUUUAAAGUUUUAUGAUGCUGAUUGGUCAUAUAUACAGUGCUACUCAGGCAGAUGUGUUAAAAUUGAGUUUGUUGAAGUAAUUUUGAAAACUUUAGACAUAAUAUUUUACCUUACCUUCAGAAACACUAUAUGUUUGAGGUUCAUUGAUGUAGUGUUUUUCAGAAGCUCACUUUCCUUUCUGUUCAGCUGUAAACUGUGUUGGAGAAGCUACUAGUUUGCCAAGCAACAAGCUACUCCUAUUUUAAAGUAGUUGAACAGUAUAAAGUAGUUAGCUGCACUACCUGCUACUUACAAAAAAAUAUUUUAUAUUAAUUGUCUAUCUACCAAAAACAAUAAUAAUCAGCUUAGUGUACCAUCAUUACAUGAACAGAUACCUUAAAGGAAUA